AUGGCGUCUGGAGGACGGGUGCUGAGCAUUCAGAGCCAUGUUGUUCGAGGGUACGUGGGCAACAAGUGCUCGGUCUUCCCGCUUCAGCUGCUAGGCUUCGACGUGGACCCUGUUAACUCCGUGCAGUUUUCCAACCACACAGGCUACGCAGGGUUUGAAGGGACGGUGCUCCAGGGGGAAGAGCUCUCGAGGCUGCUGCAGGGGUUGGAAUCCAACAACCUCCUCAGGGGCUAUACGCAUGUGCUCACGGGCUACGUCGGAUCCCCGUCCUUCUUGCAUGCCGUCCUCGACGUCCACCGAAGACUGAAAGAAGCGAAUCCAGCAUUGCUCUUCAUCUGCGACCCGGUGCUCGGGGACGACGGUAGGCUGUACGUGCCGGCGGAGAACGUGGACAUCUACCGGGAAGAGGUGCUCCCCCUCGCCACCAUGAUCACGCCGAACCAGUUCGAGGCCGAGCUGCUGUCUGGGGUGACAAUCUUGACGGAGGAGGACGCGGUCCGAGCUUGCACGGCUCUUCACGCCAGGGGACCGGACACAGUGGUGAUCACCAGCAGCCGACUGGCAGGCUCCUCGUCGAGCGGAGGAGGGGUCCCCGCCGUUGGUGGCGGGGGUGCGGGGGGAGGAGGAGGAGGAGGAGGAAGUGGGGACGAUAUCGUUCUCGUGGCCAGCACCCGGCGUCGGCCCCGCCGCUCGCCAUCAGAAACGCCGUCAUUCCCGUCGUCUUCGUCGAACUCCUCGGCAAUACCCCCGCCGCCCCCGCCGCCGCCACCACCAUCAGCGGAAAUAACGGGGCACGAUGAGGUCGGCGGCGGCGGCGGCGGCGGGCAAGGCCCAGCAGCAUCCGGGGGCGACAGCGGCGGGGGCGGUGGAGCUCCGCGAAAUAGUCGUGGACAAGCUGCAGCGGUCGCUGGCAACAACGGCGGAGACGCAGGCGGCGGUGGUGGCGGCGGUGGCGGCGGUGGUCUAGGGGGUGAUGGCGGCGGAGGCGCGGAGGCGGCGGGCGGGGGUGUUGGUAACAGAGCGGCGAGUGGCGGGGGUGGGGGAGACGGAGCGGGUGGGGGGGGUGGGGGGGACGGCGGUGCUGGUGGAGGAGGGCACGUGGAUGGGGCAGAAGCUGGGGCGGGAGCGGGGGAGGCGGGGGCGGGGGCAGGGGCAGGGGAGUUCACGGGAACGGGAGACCUUGCCGCGGCGCUCCUAUUGGCGUGGACCCGUAGGCUGCCGGGGGAUCUGGCGGGAGCGCUCGAGCGAGUGGCGGGGACAAUGAGGGCCGUCUUGAGGAGAACCCACGCCCAAGGGUCUGGUGAGCUCCUUCUGGUGCAAAGCAAGGAGGACAUCGAGCGGCCACCUUUGGAGCUGCGAGCCACCGUGAUUGCGCAUGCCACGGGGCAGUGA